AGGUUGGAAGGGGCUGCAACUGGAGAGCCAGUAAAGCUGUACAAGAAUGUCAAGCCUGCUCAUUUGAAGUUAAAGAUAGAGGCAGCAGCACAACCUGUGUCCUGACAGUUUCUAAUUUCAGAUAUGUGACUGUAGCUAAGCUAACCCCUUCCAACUGGGGCUGGCUGCUUUUUGUCAUGUUUGCCUGGUAGAGGGGGCUUUAUAUACUCUGUACAGUUGUUAUUAAGAAUGACAAGCCUUUGGAGUAGCACACAGACAGACAAGGAAACAGAGGACCAUGGUACAUUCUGAAGGAAUGAUUGAAGAUCGUGGGAGGAGUGGUGACAUAAUGGCGGAGAGACGACAACUGUUCGCAGAGAUGCGGGCACAAGAGUUGGAUUCCAUAAGAUUGUCCACGUAUAGGACAGCUUGCAAACUCAGAUUCGUUCAGAAGAAAUGCAACCUCCAUUUGGUGGACAUCUGGAAUGUGAUUGAGGCGUUCAGAGAGAACGGCCUCAACACCAUGGACCUCAACACAGAGUUCACUGUGGCUCGCCUGGAAGCAAUACUCUCCACCAUCUUCUACCAGCUCAACAAGCGCAUGCCCACCACUCACCAGAUCAAUGUGGAACAGUCCAUCAGUAUGCUGCUCAACUUCCUGCUGGCUGCCUAUGACCCGGAAAGCCUCGGAAAAAUCUCUGUCUUUGUUGUGAAGAUGGCCCUGGCAACCAUCUGCGGAGGGAAGAUUUUGGAUAAAUUAAGAUAUAUUUUUUCACAGAUAUCAGACCCUGGUGGCAUAAUGGUAUACUCCCAAUUUGACCAGUUUCUGAGGGAGGUUCUCAAACUACCAAUGACUGUUUUUGAGGCACCUUCCUUUGGCUAUACUGAGCAAGCCACAAGAACUUGCUUUGCACAACAGAAAAAGGUCUCCCUCAACACAUUCCUGGACACGCUGAUGUCAGACCCUCCUCCUCAGUGUCUGGUGUGGUUACCACUCAUGCAUCGCUUGGCUAAUGUGGAGAAUGUGUUCCACCCGGUCGAGUGCUCUCACUGCCACAGUGAGAGUAUGAUGGGUUUCCGCUACCGCUGCCAGCAAUGUCAUAAUUACCAGCUGUGUCAGGACUGCUUCUGGAGGGGGCAUGCCAGCGGUUCCCAUAGCAACCAGCACCAAAUGAAGGAGUACACGUCAUGGAAAUCGCCUGCUAAGAAGUUAUCUAAUGCUCUCAGCAAGUCUCUGAGCUGUGCAUCCAGCAGAGAACCUUUACACCCUAUGUUUCCUGACAUGCCAGAGAAACCUCUGAACCUAGCCCACAUUGUGCCUCCCAGACCAAUGAACAGCACCAAUGACUUCAUGCUCUCCCACUCCAUGCCCACGUCAGGGAACCCUUACUCCACUAAGAACUUGCCUUGUAAAACCAAGAAUAAUGAAGCUGAGCAGAGAAAACAGUUGGCUAGGGCUGCUCCAGAUCUGUUGAAAGGAAGGGGGUUAAACUACAGUCUCGAUGUGGCCGAUAGACUGGCUGAUGAACAUGUUCUCAUUGGGCUGUAUGUGAAUCUCCUACAACACAACCCCACGUCAUGUUUGCUGGAGAGCAGUAACCACCAGGAUGAAGAGCACAGUCUCAUCGCCCGCUACGCUGCUAGACUGGCCUCUGACGGAGCCGCCGUGCAACAAGCCCAGCAGCAGAGGGUCCCCAACGACAUCUCUUUCACUCUGGACGCCAACAAGCAGCAGAGGCAGCUUAUUGCCGAGCUGGAGAGCAAAAACAGAGAGAUCUUGCAAGAGAUCCAGCGCCUGCGAGUGCAGCACGAGCAGGCCUCCCAGCCGCCAAUGGGCACCGCCCAACAGAACCCCACUCUGCUGGCCGAGCUACGUCUUCUCAGGCAACGCAAAGAUGAGCUGGAGCAGAGGAUGUCUGCUCUGCAGGAGAGUCGCAGGGAACUCAUGGUACAGCUGGAGCAGCUGAUGCUGCUGCUGAAGGAGGAGGAAAGGAAGCAAGCUACUCAAGGGCCUGGCUCCCCCCGCUCAUCCCCCAGCCAUGCAGUCAGCCGGCCCAUCCCCAUGCCAACCCAGUCAGAGUCUGCCGGCACCACACCCACUCACACCCCUCAGGACUCACUCAUGGGUGUGGGAGGAGACGUGCAGGAGGCCUUUGCUCAGGGCCCCAGGAGAAACUUGAGAAAUGACCUUCUUGUUGCUGCUGACUCCAUCACCAACACCAUGUCUUCAUUGGUUAAAGAGCUCAAUUCAGAGGCUGGAAGUGAGACAGAGAGCAACAUGGAACUGGUCUCCUCUCCCACUUCUGAUCUUCUUGCACAGAUGACCACUAAACCACGUGUUGGUGGCAGGAACACUGGUGGAGUUGAGGAGGAGUGCUAUGAGAACGACCUGGUUCAGGUGCUGGAGGAUGAGCUGAAGAUGGAGGAACUACUAAAACACAGACAGGAGCAAGAGAAAACCCGCAUGGUGACAUUGCAGCAAUGACCAUGCUGAACCAGUUUUGUGGUAAACAAUAUGCGAAGCAACAAAAGUAGAAAAACACUGGAAGAUGGAUGAGAAGAGAAGGCACUGAGAGGCUUAUGAGGAGAUGAUGGUCCGCGAGCAUCUCCAAGUCAAGCUGAAGAAGAAGUGACAGGAAGGAAGGAUCAAAGUUAUGACACUGCUAAAUCCAACAAUAGAAUACAUAGUUAUAUUAUGUAAAGAUCUAUUUUUAAAACCAACAGCAUAUUUAAGUGAAUACUGUGAACCGAUAUGGAGAGAUCAUAUAACAACAGAGCUGUCUAUUAUACCACCGGUGCCAUAAAACCAAGUAACUUUAUUGGGAAGUAUUUGUUGAUUUUUAAUCAUAUUAUGUUUAGGUAAGAGCUGUUGAUGAAUUGUAAAAGUAUAUGUUGUAGGUGUAUGGUGGACAAACCAGGCCGUUGUGUUUCAGUGAGAUUGCUUUUGAAUCCAAAUAUUUACCUGGUGUAUGUGUAAACUGAGGCAAAACUGUCUAUAACCUAGAGGUUAGCUAUAGUAUGUCUGACCGCUAUGACCAGGUUGGCCUACCAGUCCAAGGAUUUUUAACUACUGGUGUUGUUUGGCUUUUGUAUGUGUUGUUUGACCUUUUAUCUUUGCUUUUAACCAAUUGAAAGAGUGGCUUGUCAGAGAAUGUAUUUCUUUUGACAUAUCUCAUAUUGUGUGCACUGCCUUAGCUGAUUAGCCUAGCUCACCUUUGGAUGGGGUACAGACAAACCUUCAAUGCAACAUGUAGCAAAACAUUGUUUCUGCCACUGUUAAAAUGCAAAUGUUCAUCACUGUCAAAAUCACAUUGUUUAAUUCACCCAUAAAUAUAGUAGUUAAAUAGUACUAGCUAUAUUAGGUAAGAACUUUGUGGCAGAAGGACAAUGUUAUUUAUGUCUUCUGCAUUUUGUGUUUGCCACAUUGCAUAUUUUUACUGAAUUCCACAUGGUGUAUUGCGCCUGUAGGUGAUACUAAGCGAAUGAGACCGUAUAGGAAGAACAAGCUGAACUUUUUAUAAAUCUGAUGCUGGAAAGUGAUAUUGUCUACUGAGGGAUUUUGUUAACUAAUAGCUAUAUGUUGAUGAAGAGUUAUAGUUGAGUUUAUUUUAUUAAUACUUGCUUGAGAUUUAAAGAUGUGAUGACAGACAUGAAAUUGGAGUAGGAAGUACAAUACCUUAAAGAAGAAUGGAAUGGAAACAUUGUUCAUAGCACUUCAGUUUCAAAGGUUUACACUUGCAAGAACGGAGAACAUUGUUUGUUUCCCAUGUUUCCGAAUCAAUAUCUACUGUCUUACCAUACAUUUUGAAGUUGCUUUGUCAUUUAAAUGUUCUGACCAAAUUAUUUGCAUUUUUCUGCUCACUCACACACAAAUCACUCUCAAACAUACACUCAAAGACGCUCACAGUCACACUCUUGAUACCUGAGAUCUGUGUGUGUAAAAUGUUACCCAGUCACUUUUAAAGAAGUGGUGCAAGCCAAUUUGAAAUCAUAAAUGUGUGAAAUAUAUGUAGUAUGAUUUUCAAGCUAGUUCAUAUCAGUGAUUUUGCAUGCUGGUGAUGAUGCAUAAUAAAGAAUUGACACAACAUGAGAA